AUGAGAUUUGAGAUGGUGGUGAGGGUCAGAGUGGGAGGCAGGGCCCUUGACGGCGACCAUAGGUCUCUGUCUGCCUCUCCGGACGGCACGCGCGCUCAGGCUAUGCUAUUCAUUCAUUCUGCAAUGCAUACAGUACAAUGGUCGGGUAUGUAUGAAGUUUCAAUAUUUGGGGGUGUGAUUGUGUACCAGAGACAGGACAGUGGGACAUGUGUUUGUUCUGGCCAGGGGAGUGAAUCCACCAAGAUAAAGAAGAUGAUCCAAGAACUGUUGGGUGGAGCUAGCCUCAUAGCAGGAGAAAGAAAACCCUCCAUUAAUGGAGGAGGAGGAGGAGUUCUACUCCCAACUACACCAUCUCCCUCUUCUCUUCCUUCUUCCACAGCCAAUAAUGUUACCCUCAUAUCCACCACCGCAACUACUACUACUGCCACCACCACCACCGCUACUCCCACAUCGGAAAACCAAAACCUGAGGUGCCCGCGAUGCGAUUCAUCCAACACCAAGUUCUGCUACUACAACAACUACAACCUCACUCAACCGCGCCACUUCUGCAAGACAUGCCGCCGCUACUGGACCAAAGGCGGCGCUCUCCGCAACGUUCCAAUCGGCGGCGGCUGCCGGAAAAACAAGAACAUCGGCGUGGCGAACUCAGUGUCAAAGACAGCCUCAACCAAGAUGAAAACCGUUGCAUCUGAGCUUGGAAAAUCACCAGGUUUUGGUGGGUUUGAAGUUGAACAUGAGCUUCCACAACCGAGCCAAAUCCUUUGGGGUUCCCCCCAAAACACUCACCUUCUGGCUUUGCUGAGGGCUACACAAAAUCAAAACCCUAACCCUAACCCUAGUCCCAUGUCCAUCAAGGAAGAAGGGACCCUAAUGGGCCACAUGGUGAGCACUGAGCCCUUGGUUUCAAAUGCGCUGCUGAAUCACCGAACCUUGGGCUAUGAUGCGGUUGCGCAAGUUCCUUCGCUUGGUCUGUUUGGGAGAAGCAACCAAGAUCAACAACCAAAUGGAGGGUUCCUACUUGGGGAACAUCACAACAGCGGAAUUCAAGAGCUUUACCAGAAGCUAAGGUCAUCAACGGCUAAUAAUUAUUGCAGUGAUAACUCGUCACAAGUGUUUAUGGGCAACAUGGCUUCAAAUUAUUCCUCUUCUGUGUCGAACAACAUUAUGGAGACAACUUCUGUCGCUGGGGGUGAAUUCGGAUACUGGAAUGGUUCAACCUUUUCGUGGUCUGAUCUUCCAACCACGAAUGGCGCUGGUGCUUAUCCGUAA